ACGAGUAUCAAGAUGGCGGCAGAAGAAUGGCGCACCUUGGCCUUUCGUAAGAAAGUAAUGGCCCAGAUAGAGGAUGCAGUACGGGCAGCUGGUAAUCCUACUACCAAGUCUAGUGUGGAAAUGGAAAACCAUGUGUUUCAGAAGGCAAAGACAAGGGAAGAAUACCUUGCACUGGUCGCACGGCUCAUUCUUCAUGUUCGUGAUAUAAAUUCUAAGAAAGAAGCUGAGGGCAAAGUGAGGCAACAAGCUGCCGCUGCAGCUGCAGUGGCUGCAACAGAUCCCAUGAGUGCUCUGCAGGGACUGACUGCUAUGGCCCAACAACAGACUAGACCCCAAAUGCAGCAGGCAUCUAUGCCUCCUUCAUCGGUACCUGGUUCCACUCAACAUCUACAGCAAUUGGCACAGCAUCAGAUGCAACAACAACAGUUCCAGCAACAACAACAACAACAACAACAACAGCAGCAGCAGCAACAACAACAACAACUUAGAAUGGCCCAACAAGCUCAACUGCAGAGACAGAAGUUACAACAACAACAGCAGCAGCAACAACAACAACAACAACAGCUUCAACAGCAACAACUCCAGCAGCAACAGCAUGUAAAUCAAGGACCUGUCCAAAGAGCAACAUUGUUGCAACAAAUGCAGCAGCAGCAGCAGCAACAACAACAACAGCAGCAGCAGCAGCAGCAGCAGCAGCAGCAGCAACAGCAACAACAACAACAACAACAACAACAACAACAGCAACAACAACAACAGCAGCAGAAUAUGCAACAAAAGCCUAUGAUGUCACAAACCCUUAUGUCAGGGUUGCCUCAACAGAAAUCUAUGGGCCCAACUCACCAACAACAAUUGCAACAGCAACAACAGUUACAGAUGAAUCAACAGCUACAGCAGCAACAACUACAACAACUACAACAACAACAGCAACAACAAAUGCAGCAGCAACAACAACAACGUGGGAUGCCUUCCCAACAGAUACACAGGUUUACUGUACCACCUCCCAGCUAUGAACCUGGAUAUUACCAACAUGGGAUGGUAGAAAUGCAGCAGCCAGGUGCCCCGAUCCAGUCCAGUAUGCCACCUGCGAUGUCAAUUCAGGCACAGCAGAGAUCACCGGCUCCGGGAUCACUCCAGCAAGCAGCGACACAACAACAGACACACAGCUCACAGCCAACAACUUCCCCCGCUGCUGGCUACAUGCAACAAUUACAACCUAAUCAGCCGCAUCACAUUUCUCAACCAAUGGCGUCCCCAGCUGGAUACAUACAGCCAUCACCCAGUCAGACAACUCACCACAUUUCACAACCCAUGGCUUCUCCUGCUGGAUACAUGCAACCAUCGCCCAGCCAACCACAUCAUAUCUCACAGGCUAUGCCAUCUCCAGUUGGUUACAUGCAUCAACCCUCACCAAGCCAGCCACAUCACAUUUCUCAGCAACUGCAGUCUCCUGCCAGUCAUCUUCAGCCAUCUCCGUCUCCACAACCACAAUCACAGGGUAGUAUGGUACCGUCUCCUGCACUUGGAUCUUCAGCAGCAGGUUCAGUUAGAACUCCUGCUCCUGUCCAAUCACCAGGGAGUGCUCUUAAUACACCUGGACUAUCAAGCUUAUUAUCAUGUAAGUGUGUGCUUACAAUAUCUAAUGCUGUACUAGCUCUAGCUGUAAUCAAUCCUUACAAAACUAAUCAGACAUAUUGCUUUAUGUGCACUAUUGGUAAAGUGUACUUACCAAAUAUGGGCUAA